UCCUCACGCCGAACCCCUUCCCCCGGCAGGAAUGCGACUUGCUCAAGAUCGAGGACAUCCUUCCCUUCUUCCCGGACUUUGUGGUGAUCGACAGCUUCAAGAGGGAGAUCUGCGUGUCCCUGGAGGAGUAUAACGGUAAGAUCGAGAGCCUCAGGAAGGAGAUGGAGGACUACACGCUUAGCUCGGAGGCGGUGCAGGCCGAAAUUGUGGAGCUACAGCAGAGGAGCAUCUACGUCUCGUCGAACCAGACCUGCGAGCUGUGCAAGCGAAACAUUCUCAGCACGCAGUUUUACGUGUUCCCUUGCGGACACGCGUUCCACUCCGAGUGCCUGUUGGAAAACAUCCGGCCGCACCUCUCGGUAGAGCAGCGGUCGGCGGUGGAGUCACUGGUUAAGAUGAUCGCUGCCGGCGGGGGCGGGGGAGGCGGAGACGCGAAGCACGGUUCUGCCGCAGUUGCUGGAGAUAAGGGGCCUGGAGGGGCAGCAGCAGCAGCAGCAACUGCAAACGGUGGUACAGAUGGUUCGAGGAGGGCGCAACAUUACCGCAGGUCGUUGCAGACGGAACUGGACGGGUACGUGGCGGCCGAGUGUGUUCUUUGCGGUGACAUGAUGGUCCAGAGCGUCGACAAGCCCCUCGUGACGGUGGAGGAACAGGCAGAACAACUGCACCAGUGGGCGCUGUGACCGAGUUGCGUUUGGUCAGGUUGUGGACUGCUGCUCGUGGAACAAGCAUCAGUGACGCUUUGCGACCGCUGUUCGAAUCUCGGUUUGGUCGGGUUGUGGACUGCUGUUCGAGGAACGACCAGAACAUAACAUGUGCUCAGUGGGCUCUUUGUGAACCGUUUAUUUUUGGUCAGGGUGUUGACUGCUGAAUGAACCCGUUCGCAUCCUUACUUUCAUGUCCUCCUAUCCACGCUCCAAUGACUUGACGCCGUUGACGCCGGACGAAUCGAAGUACUCCAACGGUCGCUUUAACGAGCCUUUUAGCCUUUUUUGCAGCUAGUGCUUGUUGUGCUUUAAGGCACGCCAACAGUACGUACGGCUGGGAACCGAGGCAUCUCGUGGGGUGUGUGCAUCCACGCUUUGUUUCGGGUGUGCUGUGGUUUGGUUGAUGGCUCUUGCUGUAGAGUAGGCAUGUGUGGUCCAAAGCCAACGGCACGUGCGCCCAGCAAGGCGCUGCGUUUGAUUGCCUCGCCUUUGGAUUUUGGCAGGACCCAUCCAAGCGCUGUGUGCGUCAUGUCGUCCGCUUUUUUGAAAGCUGCAAACGUGUUUUUCUGCGCUUUCCGACCCCAACCGAGGCGCAGAUAUGCCCGAUAGCAGCUGGCCAGGCCAGGCCAGGCCGGGGCGAGCGGCGUAAGUCUGUUUCUA